CCCGGCGGCUGAACAGAGACAACUAAUAUUCUAUUGAAUAUAGCCAUUUAAUGGUAUCCCAAACCUAUGGGGAUAUAUUAGAAGUGAAUCCUUAUUGAUUUUAAAGAUAUGACUGCCCAUUAUCAUAUUGUGGGAUACUGAUGCCAUGUCUAAGUUCCGUAUCUAUUGUGAAGACAGCCCUGACCGCAGCAUUGCUCUUGUGACCACAGAGUUCACCCUCAUAUUUCGCUGCAGCCCAACAAGCUCAAAGUAUAGCAGGCAGAAUGGCGUGGAAGGAAGGCGGUGCUUGGUUCAAUUUUCAAGCUUGCCAUUCUCUGCUCUGGAAAACUACCGAGUUUUGGGAGAGGCGUACGGGAUACUCGGUCUCAUAAGUGUAGAUGAAGACGUCUUCCUAUGCGUCAUCACAAAUUACCUACGGGCUGCAACUGUCAGGCCCGGUGAAACAGUUUCAAGAAUAGACAACGUGGAAUUCUAUUGUCUGAACCGUUCAGAAUAUGAUUACGGGAUCGACUAUGAAUCCCGCUCUCAAUUUGCGGCCGAUGACUUCGACCGCGGGUCACAAAUUGUUACAGAUCAUCCCUUUCUGGCGCUAAGGAAACUUCUCAGUGAUGGCAGUUUCUAUUAUAGUUUCGAUUUUAAUCUAACAGAUCGGCUACAAGACCGUUCAGAUAGCUUGGCGGCUUUUGACAUUGAAACCCUCGAUGAAAGCAUGCUAUGGAACUCAUACAUGAUUAGCCCGCUUCUCCUUUUCAGAAGCAAUCUACCACCUCAUGAGAAGUCGAUCCUCGACCUGUCACACAUAUUGACAUGUGUCAUACGAGGCUUCGCGAGUACAUUGACGAUCCCCGCUUCUGUCUCUAUUUUCCCUGAUAUAAGGACCAACUUUCCUUCGACCUUGACGAUUAUCUCUCGUCAAUCGUCGCGACGAGCCGGUACGAGAUUCAAUUCACGGGGCAUCGACGAUGAUGGCAAUGUGGCCAAUUUUGUAGAAACAGAACUUAUUCUCUGGAGCCCCCCUGGUAUCGCUUUUUCAUAUGUUCAGGUUCGCGGUUCGGUGCCCAUAUUCUGGGAACAGAAUGCGGGUUUUCUUCCUGGGCAGCAGAAGAUUGAGAUUACUAGAUCUUUUGAAGCUACACAACAUGCUUUUGACAGGCAUUUUCAGAUGCUUGAAUUGGCAUACGGUGCGGUCCAUGUGGUUAAUCUCCUCAGUGAGUUAAAACCAGGGGAAGCAGCGCUGUCUUCAAAAUUUCGCAGGCAUGUUCGAAGCAGUGCACUCACUAUUCGAAACGAAGAAUCACCCUCUUCAUCAGACCACAGUUUGUUACGCAUGACUGAGUAUGAUUUCAAUGCCGAAACGCGUGGUCUGCAAGGGUAUGAGGCCAGUCAUCAAAUAAAAUAUGAAUUGAUGGAUUCCCUUGAUGGAUUCUCUUACUUCGUGUCUGAAGAUCGUGGCGAGGGUGCUAAGAAUACAAUUCCAACAAACCACGGAGUCAGAAGUUCAACGGUUGUCCUUCAACAAGAAGGCAUCUUCCGAACUAAUUGCUUGGAUUGUCUGGACCGGACAAAUCUCGUCCAAACCAUCAUCAGCUUCAUGGCCCUGGAAUCAUUUUUGUCUCAACAACACGGCACAUUGAACCCGGAAAUACAAAUGAGACAUUCUGCCCUUUGGGCGGACAACGGCGAUGCAUUAUCGAAGAUAUAUGCAGGCACGGGAGCACUCAAGAGCUCUUUCACGCGUCACGGAAAGAUGUCCAUUGCAGGAGCCCUUGCUGACGCCCGCAAGAGUGCCACACGUUUAUAUGUCAAUAACUUCGCCGACACUGCUCGGCAAAGAACCAUCGACCUACUUCUAGGCCACUUGACCAAUCAAAUCCCAGUCUACCUUCAUGAUCCAGUUAACGACAUAAUAUCUGACGAGCUCAAUAAGAGAGCCUCUGAGUAUUCAUCCAAUCAAUCGAUUAGGAUUUGGGUCGGGAGCUUUAAUGUCAAUGGACGCACCCAAGGCCCAGAUGUCGACCUUUCACCGUGGCUCUUCCCUCAAUCCAAUCAGGACCUUGAUGACCCAGUGAUCUUUGCCGUUGGGUUUCAAGAGAUUGUGGAACUCAGCCCACAGCAGAUCAUGUCAACAGAUCCGAGCACAAGAAAGGUGUGGGAAAAGGCCGUCAAAGACUGUUUGAACAAUCGCUCGUCGUCGAAAGGCACUGGACGCUAUGUACUUUUGAGGAGUGGGCAACUAGUGGGAGCUGCUCUUCUAAUAUUCGUCAAGGAGGAUGCACUAGAUCAAGUCAAAAACGUAGAGGGUGGCGUCAAAAAGACCGGGCUCUCAGGCAUCGGUGGGAACAAGGGUGGGUGCGCUAUCCGCUUCGAUUUCUCGAACACACGGUUGUGUUUCGUUACCGCACAUCUUGCAGCAGGAUUUGCAAAUUUCGAUGAACGUAAUAGAGAUUAUGAGACCAUAUAUAAUGGCCUCCGGUUCCAAAAGAAUCGUGCGAUCGAGGACCACGAUACAAUCAUCUGGUUUGGGGAUUUCAAUUACCGAAUUGGUCUUGAAAACCAGAGAGUCCGCGAUCUCAUUGUCAAAAAGGACUAUGAGAAGCUAUACAACAAUGAUCAAUUGAACCUUCAAAUGCUCGGAGGCAGAGCAUUUCAAUUCUUCUCCGAAGGAGAGAUUCGGUUUGCUCCUACUUAUAAAUUCGACCCGGGCACGAAUACCUAUGAUACGUCAGAAAAAAGUCGCAUUCCUGCAUGGUGUGACAGGGUACUUUGGAAAGGAGAAAACAUCCGCCAGGCAGAUUACUAUGCAGCAGACUUGCGAUUCUCGGAUCAUCGGCCAGUCUGGGCUCUGUUUGACUGCAUCAUCAACGUUGUCGACGAGCGCCAGAAGGAGCAAUUGAGAAAAUCUCUCUACGACGAGCGACUUCAGGCUACAAAUGACCCGCUCAUAGAUCUGUCCUCACCUGAUCAUGCAGAUGAUAUAGGUGUCCCUGGAUCUAUUGCGGUUGGUCUGCCACCAGCGAGCUCAGAUCGCAAUAGGUGGUGGCUAGAUAAUGGUGCCCCGGCAAGAUCUACCAUCAAGCCACCAGCUGCUGGUUUACGCCCGAAUGUCAAUGGUAAAUCGAACCCUUUUUCUUACGAUGGGGACGAUUGGAUACCCAUAGAGAAGCCAAUCAAUCGAGCCCAAGAUACGCUUCCGAAGACUGCUAUUCCAGAGCAACCUCCUUUGCCCCCAAGACACGACACUGUGAAUGUGCCAGUGUUUCAGAACGAAAUACUGGAUAAUACUCGCAAAUCAUCAGAACUUAUGGUCCCAAAAAGAGCAGACACUUUAGCCGUUGAUGCCCGGAGACCUGUCCCUUCGCAGAAUCCACCUCCUGUGCCGCGAAAACCCGUAUCCUUGAGUAUGAAAUCAGAAGAUAAACAAUAACUAGUUGACGCAGAAAUGGGGCAAGUCGUGUAACACAGGGUUUAGGUCUUGAAAUAUGACUUGGAAGAGGGAUCAACGUCAUAGGAGAGGAAACACUCUUAUUACCUCGGUUUUGGUAUCUACUGAGAAGUACAGUACUGAUAUAGUGAUAUAACUAGUAUACAACCCAAGAUGGGUGCAGAUGGCUAAAGGUUGAAAUCAAACUUUCGGUUGUU